AUGUCUAAAGUAGGACUCGAAUGGACCACUCCAUCCAAGAAGAUCAAUGCUCAGUCAGAUUUAGUCUAUUUUAAGAAGUCAGUAGGCUACCGAAAGCUAUUCAAAACUUUGACUUUGGUUAUACUGAAAGUGACAAAUGUCCAGCUUCCAGGGGAAAUUCUUGAUCCUGAAAUAACAACCAGAAAGAAACCUGUUUCUAAAAGAAGUCUACCUUCUCCUUCGGCAAUUGUAGAGUCUGAACCCAAAAAUAAACUUCAAAAGAAUCACCAGGUUCGUAGUUUCAACGGUAUUUUAGAAAUACUAUCCCAGCUCAACAAGCUCAUAGAUGACACACCCCCUUUGGCUGGUCCAAGACGGUUUGGAAAUAUGGCUUGUCGCGACUGGCAUGACAAAGUAAUUGCUCGUAUCAACAACUUGUUUGACGAAUACUUGGAGUUGCCUCAGAAAACAGAUAAAGAAGGACUCUAUUCUGAGCUUGGAAGCUAUUUGCUUAAUUCGUUUGGAUCAAAAAUCAGACUUGAUUAUGGAACUGGCCAUGAACUUUCGUUUCUUGCCUUUUUAGGUGGGUUAUUUGAAUUGAAAAUACUCCCAGUGGACUUGUUAAGUGGAGUAGAUAUCUUGACGAUAUUUGCUAAGUACUAUGACCUUGUACGUAGACUCAUUAUAGACUACAAUUUAGAGCCAGCGGGUUCUCAUGGAGUCUGGGGACUUGACGACCAUUUCCAUCUCAUCUACAUUCUUGGAGCUGCGCAGUUCAAUGGCGAUAAACUGGCCCCUCCAGUUCUGCAAGUUUUGACUAGUCAAGUCAUAAGCACCUACAAGUCCACCAAUUUGUACGUCAAUGCUAUAGCAUUCAUCUACAAAAUCAAACUGGGUCCCUUUAACGAGCAUUCACCGAUUAUAUACGAUAUACAUGCGUCUGUUGUCUUGUGGUCCAAAGUUCUUCAGGGCUUGUUUCGUAUGUAUGAAGUAGAAGUCUUUGGAAAGUUCCCUGUGGUACAGCAUUUCUAUUUUGGAAACGUUCUUUACACUUGGAGAGAUAGUGAAACCAACCGAGAGUUACCCAUUACCAGCGGCGAUGAAUUACUCGAAGAAGACGACUCUCCUGGAUUCCUAAAUGGGUACCAGGGAGUGAACACUACAAGAUCAAACAUAUCCAUGACUGGUGCACCAUGGGCCAACAAGCCUGCUAGAGCUAUUCCCCCAACACACGGCCAUAUUGGCAGGAAAUAA